UGAAACACUCAGUCUCGUUUACAAGUUGAGGCGGACUAGACAAAGAUGGCCACCAACGGCACUGCAAGUAGUAAAGAAAGCGCGUGCAAUACAUGUCUGCAGAGGUUGGCAAUUUUACUUGUCUAGCUUGAGCGAAGAUGACAAUGCUGCCAAUUGCAUGUUGGAAAUGCUCUUUUAUCACUAGAAGUAAAAUGCAGCAGCAACUUAUGUCACAAUUUGUCUGGAGGAGACUGAAACCAAAUUUCAUGUUUCUUUUGCUGAGGACCAAAGUGGGCAGUGCUACUUCUGAUGAAAAUUUAACUGAAUGGAUGGAAGAUAACUAUGGAAAGGAUGUUGAGGGGCGAUUUAUUGAUUGGAUGUAUCUGAAAGUCAAGGCUGGUGAUGGAGGUGGUGGGGCUGCACAUUUAAAAAGAGGAAGGCGAUUGCUUGGCCCUGAUGGAGGCGAUGGUGGAAGAGGUGGUGACAUUAGUGUUAUGGCUGACAACUCGCAAAAAAGUCUUACCGGGAUAAAGAGGCACUAUAAAGCAGAAAAUGGUGGCAAAGGAGGGAGCAAUUUUUCCAGAGGAAGAAAUGGUAAAGGCAUCACUAUCAAGGUUCCAGUUGGUACGGUGGUGAAAUGUGAUGACAGGAAAGAGAUAUUAGCAGACCUCGCAAGUCAUGGCAAUACUUUUGUUGUGGCAACUGGCGGCAUCGGUGGCUAUGGUAACGCAAAUUUUAAGUCAUCAACCGAUCAGUCGCCGAUGGAAGCAACAGCUGGAGUUCCAGGAGAAGAAGCGACAAUAGAAUUAGAGAUGAAGUCUAUUGCUGAUGUUGGAUUGGUAGGUUUCCCAAAUGCUGGUAAAUCCACUUUGCUGCGUGCUCUUUCAAGAGCAAAGCCGGCGGUAGCCUCUUACCCGUUCACAACAUUGAAGCCGAAAAUUGGCAUCAUUGGAUAUAAAGACAUGUUGCAAAUAGCAGUUGCAGAUAUUCCAGGCCUGGUGAAAGGUGCACACGCUAAUAAAGGACUUGGGCAUUCAUUCCUCCGCCAUAUCGAAAGAUGCUCUACUCUGUUAUAUGUUAUAGACAUAAAUGACGACAACUUCAUUGAAAAUUACGAAAUUUUAAGAGAAGAAGUAAGUCUUUAUAACAAAGAACUCCUGACACUCCCAACAGCGAUUGUUGCAAAUAAAAUAGACACAUUGGAGAGAGAUUGUGAAUCGAUAGAAAGGAUAGCGAAAUCUGUGGAUGUGCCUGUCAUUGGUAUCUCAGGGAAGCUUUCUCUCAAUAUAGAUUCACUGAAAGAACUAAUACGAAGAAUGGUUGGAAGCGUAAAGACUUUAUAAUUGUAGAGUAGGGUUUUGGAUUUUGGUUAUGGCAGAGUUACGUAAUAGGGUACAUUGUCCUCACAACAGAUUGCCCAAAAUGAAAGCCUCAUAAUUAAUGCUAAUUUUUUCUAAAGUCUUCUUCAUACUGAUAUGUAUCUUAGAAGAAGCAAAUUUAAUACGCAAUUGGAGUACACCAUUUGCAAAAUGAAUGAAAGGAGCUGACCCGUUUUUAAAGGAGACACUUUUUGAAAACUUCGGUUGAUAUAAAUGGAGCGCUUACCCGAGGAUUAACAUCAGCUUUAUUUUCUUGCAUCAACAUUAAUGAAGUUGCUAAAAAUGUAUUAAAUUUCAAUAAAAAAGUCCUUCAAUUCGAUAUUUAGCUCUUUCAAACUAUGCCCAGGCUCGGCUUU